AUGGGUUCUGUCUCUAACCAGGAAUUCCGAGGAGUCUGCAAGACCGAAGAGGAUGAAGGACCAAGCACGGAGGAGGACUCGGAAUCUUUCCACGGUGUCGGCGUAUGUAAAUGGUUCAACGUGCGCAUGGGCUUUGGGUUUUUGUCCAUGACCAACCGAGAGGGGGUCCCGCUCGAGUCUCCGGUCGAUGUGUUCGUCCAUCAGAGUAAGCUGCACAUGGAGGGCUUCCGCAGCUUGAAGGAGAGCGAGGCGGUCGAGUUCACUUUCAAGAAGUCAGCCAAAGGCCUGGAGUCCCAGAGAGUCACUGGGCCAGAGGGCACACACUGUGUGGGCAGCGAGAGGAGACCCAAAGGCAAGAGCAUCCAGAAACGCCGCUCCAAAGGAGAUAGGUGCUACAACUGUGGAGGCCUGGACCACCAUGCUAAGGAGUGCAAGUUGCCACCCCAGCCUAAGAAGUGCCAUUUCUGCCAGAGCAUUGCCCACAUGGUCGCCAACUGCCCAAUCAAAGCACAGCAGUCCUCGCCACGUUCUCAGGGAAAGCCCUCCUCCUUGAAAGGAGACGAGGAGGAACACGGCCACUCGCCCCCGUCCCCCGUGAGCUCUGAUUGAACGAGGAGACGCAGGAUGGAAGCUGGGGGAAGCACAGAAGCCAAUCAAACUGCUUUACUGGAAAGAUGGCCGCUAAGUUUCCUUUCAACUAUAUAAGAUGCUUUUGGAACUACCUCAGGUUUUUGUAAACAAAACGAUCAUGAAGAAUGUACUGAAGUUAAUCUUUUUUAGUGUAACACUCACAAAUACAGCUGUAUUAUUAUCGCACUCAGGAAAUAUUUGUAAAAAUGUAUGGAACCGCUAAUGAGGGGUUUAAACUUGUAAUGGCACAUCACAUAUUACUUUGAUGUCUUUAUAGAAUAGAAAGUUGUUUAUUUUUUUUACAGAGCAGAUAAUGAGAAACCAUGCCAAUCACACUGGCAUGCUACUAUACCAAACUCACCAGGAAGCUUAAAAUCACAGUGUCAAGUAGAUAGCUACACACUUUUGCUGCCUUACAACUUCUUGACUUUCCUGAUUGUUACACCCCACUAUAUCCGACAAAGAAAGAGUUGUGACACUACACCUCUGCAAAUGAAUGUUAGUCUCAUGGGUGGUAAUGGAUGGGUACAUAUGAACCGACAGGGUAUUGGGUAAUAGCUAGAGGCAAUGUAUUGGUGGCUGCCAAUAUUGUAAGUGACCAUCCAGAUGUCCUGGGGACAAAUGAAUGUCAAACCAAAUAGUAUGACUUCUAUGGCCAGCUUCUGGUUGUUGUUGUUGCGUCAUUUCUUUAUGUUGGGCCGGCACAAUGCUGUCUCUUAGGUACUCAGUCUCCCUCAUGGUACAUGUCUGAUCUGCUGCUGCUACAUUACAACCAGAGACUUAAACCCUACAGAUGUAGGAUCUUAAUUUGAUCACUCUUUUGUUGCUGAGAAUGUUCCAGCACAGCAGGAAAUGCAGCUUGUAGUGCAUUUAAGGAUUCUAAAGUUUGUAAUUUCCACUUGAAAAUGUCAGACUUCAUUUGCCCUAAAGAAAAAUGU